AUGAAUUCCACAAGUUCAAUGCAUACAUAUUUUGAAGACGGCCUGGGCCUUGUCGAAGUUGGUUUAGAUAUCGAAGUAGUUGUUGUAUGUGAUGUUGUUGAGAUUAAUGUUGUGGAGGUUGUUGUCUUUGAUGUCGUUGGUUUUGUGCUAAUUGAUGGUGUCGAGGUUGUUGUCAUUGAUGUUGCUUGGAUUGUUGUUAACGAGAUUGUUGUCUUUGAUGCCAUUGAUGUUAUUGUCAUUGGUACUGUCGAUGUUGCUGUUGUAUUAAUAAAUGUUGUCGAGGUUGUUGUCAUUGAUGUCGUUGUUGUUGUAUUAAUUAAUGUUGUCGAGGUUGUUGUCAUUGAUGUUGCUGGGGUUGUUGUUAACGAGAUUGUAGUCUUUGAUGCCAUUGAUGUUAUUGUCAUUGAUGCUGUUGAUGUUGUUGUUGUGUUAAUUAAUGUUGUCGAGGUUGUUGUCAUUGAUGUUGUCGAGGUUGUUGCCAUUGAUGUUGUCGAGGUUGUUGUUAUUGAUGUUGUCGAGGUUGUUGUCUUUGAUGUCGUUGUUUUUGUGUUAAUUAAUGGUGCCGAGGUUGUUGUCAUUGAUGUUGUCGAGGUUGUUGUCAUUGAUGUUGUCGAGGUUGUUGUUAUUGAUGUUGUCGCGGUUGUUGUCUUUGAUGUCGUUGUUUUUGUGUUAAUUAAUGGUGCCGAGGUUGUUGUCAUUGAUGUUGUCGAAAUUGUUGUUAUUGAUGUUGGUGUGGAUGCUGUUAUCGAGAUUGUAGCCUUUGAUGCCAUUGAUGUUAUUGUCAUUGAUGCUUUUAAUGUUGCUGUUGUGUUAAUAAAUGUUGUCGAGGUUGUUGUCUUUGCUGUCAUUAAGAUUAAUGCUAUCGAGAUUGUUGUCUUUGAUGUUAUUGUUAUUGAUACUGUCGAUGUUGUUGUUGCGUUAAUUAAUGUUGUCGGGGAUGUUGUCAUUGAUGCUGUUGAGGUUGUUGUCAUUGAUGUUGCUGGGAUUGUUGAUAACGAGAUUGUUGUCUUUGAUAUCGUUGAUGUUGUUGAAGUUGCAAAUGUUGAAGUUGAUGUUGUCAAGGUUAUUGUCUUCGAUGUCGUUGAUGCUGUUGAGGUUGUUGAAUUACUGCUUUUCGAUGCAUUAGGCUACAUAAUAUUUUAUUGUUAG